UGGAGUUGAUGUGUACUUAGGUCAGCCUUAUUACAUUUUUGUUGAAUUAAUGGAUUUUUCCUCUACUCCCAUUAGCAAUUUGUGUUGUAAACUAUUGCUUACACUUCAUUAGCAACGCUGAUCACAUUAAGCUCUUGAACUACGUAACAUAUCUCUAUAAAACCGUGAUGUUUUGAUAGGGUCGUACGAUCAAGAUUUAUUAAAGUUUUUAGUAAAAAUGUCAGCGGCCAGCGUUAUAGAAAGUGGUGAAGAUCUGGAGAAUGUGCCACUGGUUCGUAUGGAAGAUGUGCAGCCUUCGAGAGAAAGGAAUUGCGAGGAGGAAGUACUUGAAACGUGUGUUGUUGAUAACAUUGAGUACGAUUGUGUUGUGAACGAAGAUGAGGACUCGAACAUUGGGAGUAUGGUGUCCAUACAGUCUGAAGAAGUGGUAGGAGAUGACAGUGAUACAGCGGAGAUGAUUGUUCCAGAAGUUCUUGAACCGUUGGAUGAAAUUCCGAUAGUAAGAGAUGUGGCACAAAAUGAUAUACCCGAGCAAAAGCACACAGACUUAAAGCCCCCGGAAAGCUGGCCGACUCUCGAGAUCCUCCCCGGAGGUGUCAUAAAGAAUGCCGACAAAUGCGAAGAUGACCUCCCAUACGCCGAGGGCCCAGAGAAAGUUGAGAAAGGCGAGAUGAUGUACGCUUGUGCGAAAUGCUCCGAGAGUUUCAAGUACCUGUUCUGUCUGGUGAAACACGUGAAAUGGCAUGAGGAUGAGAAGAAGAAAGAAAAGGGACUGGAUAUGACCAAACUUACAAACCGUAAGAAAUGCAUCGUUUUGCAUUCAGGCAAAAAGAAGAUGGGCAGAGGGAAAGCAAAGAAAACAAAGAGGUCAUAGUAUAUCGUUUCAGUAUUAACUAAGAUAUGCUAAAGCGACAUUAUUUGUGAGCGUGUAUGGGAAAACGUCCCUCUUUGCCGAUUGCUAUAAGGCCGCUUUUAGUAGAGUAAAUUAGUGGCUGAUU